AUGCAGGCCGUGUUGGAUGCUUUGAAGUUUGGAUCCCGCGAGGAAGCCAACCAGACGCUUGAGCAUCUCCGCUCGACAGCGCAAAAUGCUCCUCAGGCGGAUGCUGGCGCCGACGACGACAACGACCCCGGCGACUUUGAGCAGGGACUCCCACGGUUGGAGGAAUCCAGUCUUGAGAUGAUGUUGCUGGACACAGGAGGCCGCCAGAAAUGCAAGGCGGCCUCGAGCACUACCACUACUACAACCGACGUGCCAGGAUGGAUCCCUGCCAGUUUCAGCCCAAAGACGCUGCCCUCGGAGCAGAUGGUCCGCAUGGGAUCGACCUUCUACUUUGAAGUCAUCUCGGGUCUGUUCUAUGUUACCGCCUCGGAGAACUUUGAUUCCCUGUUGGACGCCGUGUAUCGCGCCGAGGCUGAGCCAGAGAUGACAGACAUUGCAGAAAUCUGUGCCGUUGCCUCGGUUGGGGCGCACUUCCAUCCUGACGGCGUGCAGGACGAGUUGAAGGACGCACUGUUCAGGACCGCCAUCCAGAACAUCAACGAGCUUAUUGAAGUGAGCGGUGUCCGGGCAAUUGGGGUGCUCGCCUGUCUCUCCAUCUACGGUCUGCUCGAGAAACGCAGGAGUACUCGCGGCUUGAUUCACCUGGGCUUGCAACUCGCUCGAUGGGAACAGCAGGAAGUUGGUGGCUCCCCGAGUCUCCUCCUGAUUAGAAAGAAACUCCACCGGACCAUGGUCUUCUUGGAGUGUUGGCUAUCAACCAGCUUGGGCUACUAUCCUGGUGAGUUUCAAUUGUCAGAUGUCGAGGUCGAGCCUCUGCUUCGUCCCCUGGAUGAGAACGACAUGAGUGAUUUGACUCAAACAAAAAUGUGUCAGGUUGGCUGGCUCAAGGCCCGUGUUGUUAGAGCAGUCUUCACACGACCAUUUCCUGGCUUUCCAGCGAUCGAAUCGCUUAUGGUUGACUUGAAUACCUGGCCCCAGCAGCUCCCUCUACAUAUGACCCUUAAGUCACUGAUCGAAAACAAAGACAACACUCCUCAUCCCCUGACUGCUGCUCAUAACGGGGCUCUCUUCCUAGCACAUGCGAUGUACCUUGGAGCGGAAAUCUUUCUCUAUCGGCCCAUUUUGAUUGCGAUGGCGGAUCAAAAGGCAGGGCGGAGUUGGCCGCUCCCAAGUAUCACAGCUGAGCAGGCAGCAAGGUGUUAUACAAGAUGUGUUGAAGCCGCGCGCACAAUUGCACGUCUCUUUAGCCUGCUCAGAAUAGGGACUUCGGAGACUAUGAUGCACAAUCGAUGUUGGCUAACGAAUUUCGAAAUAUUUACAGCGUGCUCGGUCCUGCUGUAUGAUCUUGCAGAGAGAUCACUUUCACCAUUGCAGCAGGAGACGGAGGUCCAAGCCGAGCUUCAACGCGCUGGAGAGUGCCUCACAAUGCUGAAAGCAUCAGCAUGUGCAGACCGAGUGUCUCAGAGAUUGCAUGACACACUGAACGAAACAUAUCAGAAGGUAAAGAUGCUUAACGACAAGCCAUCCGAAAGGACUCAGGUCCAGAAUGGGGAUGAAACAGAUCGCAGCGGUCGUUGUGGAUAUGCCAACGGCAAAGAAUCCCUGGCCGUUGCUCAAGAGGCCCUAAAGGCCAUGACAAACAUUUUGAAGGAUCCAUUCGGUCAUGGAGACAAAGAGGGAUUGAUUCUCGAUUUUUCCAUCAUGGGAGCAGACACGGUUGACUGGUUCUCUUCGUGCGAGACUUGA